AUGCCCGCUGUGGGCACUGGUGAGCCCAGGCUUGCAGGCCAGUCACCGCCGUCACUCAGCUCUCCACAUCUCCCUCCAUAGGAUGUCCAUGAGGACCACGAUACCUCCACCGAGAAUGCAGACGAGUCCAACCACGAUCCUCAGUUUGAGCCUAUAGUUUCUCUUCCUGAACAAGAAAUUAAAACGCUGGAAGAAGAUGAAGAGGAGCUUUUCAAAAUGCGGGCAAAGCUGUUCCGAUUUGCUUCAGAGAAUGAUCUCCCAGAAUGGAAGGAACGAGGUACCGGUGACGUCAAGCUCCUGAAGCAUAAGGAAAAAGGGACCAUCCGCCUCCUCAUGAGGAGGGACAAGACCUUGAAGAUAUGCGCCAACCACUAUAUUACGCCAAUGAUGGAGCUGAAGCCAAACGCAGGCAGUGACCGUGCCUGGGUCUGGAACACCCACGCUGACUUUGCUGAUGAGCGCCCCAAGCCGGAGCUGCUGGCCAUUCGCUUCCUCAACGCUGAAAAUGCACAGAAAUUCAAGACAAAAUUUGAAGAAUGCAGAAAAGAGAUCGAAGAGAGAGAAAAGAAAGGAGGAUUGGGCAAAAACAAUAAUGCCGAGAAAGUGGCUGAAAAGCUAGAAGCUCUUUCGGUGGAGGAGAGCAAGGAGUCCGAAGACGAGACCAAGGAGAAAGCUGAGGAGAAGCAAUAAGUCCUCUGCCCUUGUUUUCUGUUCCUUCCUUUUCCUUUUUUAAAAUUUUGCCCUGCCCCUUUUCGGUUUGUUUUUAUUCGGUUUUGUUUUUACAAGGGACUUUAUAUAAAAAACUGAAUUCCAACAUUCAGGUGUUUUUUUCUAAGUUUUUGCCCUAUUGAAGAUGACUUCAGAAAAACCCAUUCCCCAGUCAUGAAAAUGUACUGUGCUAACUUUCUUUUCCAUAGUGGAAACGCUUAUUUAUAGUCAUCAAAAAUAGUCAAUAAACAACUCUGGAAACCUUU